AUGGUUGUACCGUACGUGCCGCCACUGGGAACGGGCACUGGCUCUGUUGAACUGGAAUACUGCUCGACUAAGAAGAGGAGGAACAACGGGCGUGCGAAGAAGGGCCGUGGCCAUGUGCAGCCGGUGCGCUGCACGAAUUGCGCACGCUGCGUGCCCAAGGAUAAGGCGAUCAAAAAGUUUGUCAUCAGAAACAUUGUGGAGGCUGCAGCUGUGCGUGACAUCUCCGAGGCCAGCGUCUUUGAGUCUUACGUGCUUCCCAAGCUGUAUGCCAAGCUGCACUACUGUGUGAGCUGCGCCAUCCAUAGCAAGGUGGUGAGGAACAGGUCGAGAGAGGCACGCAAGGACCGCACGCCUCCACCAAGGUUCCGUCCUGCUGGGGCCCAGGCUCCACGUGUGCCACCGCCUCCAAAACCCGUGUAA